UCGGCCAGAAUUUCUCUACAGUGUCUUGGACUGAACCAACAGUGAUAGAUAAUUCAGAUAUGUCUGAUGAGAUUGGCGUCACAUUCGAUGGAGAGGGAACCAAUCCAGGCAACUUUACACAAGGAAUCACUUCUCUUUCAUACACAGCUGUCGAUACUGCUGGAAAUAGAGCUACUUGCAUGUUCGAGAUAGUAGUCAGUGAUACUGAGGAACCAGUUAUAGUUGGCUGUCCAUUGUCCAAGUCGGUUCCCAUGCAGCCCGGUCAGAAUUUCGCUACAGUGUCUUGGACUGAACCAACAGUGUCAGAUAACUCUUAUAGUGUUACGUUGACAUUCAAUGGAGAGGGGACUAAUGCAGGCGACUUUUCACUGGGGAUAACCUCUCUUUCAUACACAGCUGUUGAUGCUGCCGGAAAUAGAGCUACUUGCAUGUUCGAGAUAGUAGUCAGUGAUAAUGAAGAACCAGCUAUACAUGAUUGUCCAUCCUCCCAGUUCGUACCCAUGGCGCUCGGCCAGAAUUUCUCUACAGUGUCUUGGACUGAACCAACAGUGAUAGAUAAUUCAGAUACGUCUGAUGAGAUUGGCGUCACAUUCGAUGGAGAGGGGAACAAUCCAGGCAACUUUACACAAGGAAUCACUUCUCUUUCAUACACAGCUGUCGAUACUGCUGGAAAUAGAGCUACUUGCAUGUUCGAGAUAGUAGUCAGUGAUACUGAGGAACCAGUUAUAGUUGGCUGUCCAUUGUCCAAGUCCGUUCCCAUGCAGCCCGGUCAGAAUUUCGCUACAGUGUCUUGGACUGAACCAACAGUGUCAGAUAACUCUUAUAGUGUUACGUUGACAUUCAAUGGACAGGGGACCAAUGCAGGCGACUUUUCACUGGGAAUAACCUCUCUUUCAUACACAGCUGUUGAUGCUGCCGGAAAUAGAGCUACUUGCAUGUUCGAGAUAGUAGUCAGUGACACCGAAGAGCCUGUGAUAGAUCAGUGUCCAUCCACACAGUCUGUGAGCACAGAACUUAACCAGGACUUUGCAAUGGUUUCCUGGGUAGAACCCAGUGUUACAGAUAACUCUAAUGACUUUACACAGACAUUCAAUGGAGAGGGGACCAAUCCAGGCAACUUUCCAAUUGGAAUCACCUCUCUGUCUUACACGUCAGUUGAUGCUCAAGGAAAUACAGCCACAUGCAUGUUUGCCAUAGUUGUCAGUGACCAUGAAGCCCCGAUUAUCACUGACUGCCCGAGCUCUCAGACUUUAACGACAGAGCUCGGAUCAGAAACGGCCACGGCGAUUUGGGCGGAGCCCACUGCAUCCGAUAAUUCCAACAGUAUGACCCUGACCCCAAGUCGUAGCGGAGAUGCGUUUCCCGUCGGUCAGAACAUAGUCACUUACGCGGCUCAAGACCCGAGUGGGAACACAGCAACAUGCACCUUUGUUAUAUCAGUCAUGGCUCCUCUGGGAUGCUCCACUAGCCAGCUUAUAUCCUGCGGGAACACAGAGACGUGUGUGGAGAAUGAAUGCCGGUGCAGGCCUGCCUUCAUCCGACUGAAUGAUGUUUGCACAGAGGCAAACAAAUUCAGCAUUUCAGUGCGAGCCCUAACGCUCAACGGUAUUGAUUACGAAUACACUGAUGCCCUGAGUGACCCAAAUUCUCCUGAAUUCCAAGCAGAGGCUAAUAAUUUCAUUAUCGUGAUGAUGCAAAACACUGAUACGAUUUAUGGAGUUACGGUUAUUGAAAUUCAGAGAGGGAGUCUGAUAUUCGUAGCUGAAGCCAUCACCGAACCGUCUACAACGAUGGCCCAACUUCAACAAGAUAUAGAUAGUGCUAUUCAAGAGGGGUCGGCUACCGCAGGACCAACGACCAUAUCCUUUGCUCCCGACGACACUGUCAUCGCGGACAUCAAUGAAUGUGCAAGUACGACUACCAAUGACUGCUCGGAGAAUGCCAAUUGUACCAACAUGGUUGGAUCCUACACCUGCACCUGUCAUUUUGGCUACACGGAUAGAUCACCUGCAGGGGUUGGCCCCGCGAGAGUAUGCGAGGUGACUUCACUGGGCGGUUUCUUGGGUGUUGGUGGCAUAAUUGGGGUGGCUGUAGGAGCGUCUGUUCUCGUGGCUAUACUGUUUUUGUGCUGUAUAAUUGCUGUGAGGAGAAUCACCCACAACAAUUUCGCACAGAGGAAAAGGGACCCCCAGACUAAUGUGCAUCUAUCCUCCUUUAGAAGAGCGGGAGACCAGAGGGCACGACGUCAAGGUCCCGGGCGCCCGGGGGAUGUCUUCCGGCAUGAUGACAAUCUUUACCGUGGCUAUGUGGGCGGGACUCGCGGGAGUACUCCCAAGUCGGAAUUUAUGGGAUAUUGAAGUGCAUCAAAGAUAUGUUGUUCUGUAUCUUGUAGUUCCAUCUCAUGAUACUACAUGUGUAGG